CAAAAGUUAACCAGAAUGGACUCCUCCUCCUACCAAUAAAGUCCUUUUAAAAAGGGAAGAGAGGGCGAGGCAAGAAAUAAAUGACUAAAGAGUGAGACUAAAGUGAGCGAGACGCCAUUAGAAGUCAAAGAGGAGCUAGCAAUGGCCGGCGAGUGCUCGGAGAGGAGGAAGAAAGCCAAGCUGGCGAUUCUGGAGAUGGCACACAUGAUCACCGUCCCCACGUCACUCACCGCCGUCGUCCGCCUCAACGUCGCCGACGCCAUCUGGCAGGGCGGCUCCAACGCCCCUGUCUCCGCCGCCGAGAUCCUCUCCCGCCUCCCUCCUCCCGCCUCCGGCGCGUCCCCAAAUCCCCGGAGCCUCCAGCGCAUCCUCCGGCUCCUCUCCGCCCACGGCGUGUUCGACGAGCAUAUUGACGCCGCCGGCGAGAGGAAGUACUCGCUGACGGAGGUCGGGGAGACUCUGGUCACGGAUUCCGACGGGCUUUCUUUUGCCCCGUACAUCCUCCAGCACCACCAGGAGGAGCUGAUGAGUACAUGGUCGCUAAUGCACGAGACGGUGACGGACCCGACGACGGAUCCGUUCGUGAAGGUGCACGGCGAGGCGCCGUACGAUUACUACGGGAAGCGGCCGGAGAUGACGGAGCUGAUGCGCAAGGCAAUGUCCGGCACCAACGCGCCCUUCAUGAAAGCCAUGUUGGAGGGCGACUACGAUGGGUUCGACGGUGUAAAGAGAUUGGUCGACGUCGCCGGCAACAAUGGCGAUUGCCUACAGAUGAUCCUGGAAAAGUACCCUCACAUCGAACAAGGAAUCAACUUCGAUCUGCCGGAAGUCGUCGGCAAAGCGCCUGAAAUUCCUGGAGUGACCCAUGUGGGUGGAGACAUGUUCAAGUCCAUACCUAGUGGCGAUGCCAUCUUCAUGAAGUGGGCUUUGACGGCGUGGACGGAGGAGGAAUGCAAUAAGAUACUGGAAAACUCCUACAAGGCGCUGCCUGAAGGAGGGAAGAUGAUCGUCAUCGAGCCGGUGCUGCCGGAGCAGAGCGACCACAGUCUCAGGACUCGAGCCCUGCUGGAAGCCGACAUUUUCAUGAUGACCAUUUACAGGGUCAAGAGCAAGCAGAGGACUGAAGAAGAGUUCAAGCAGCUUGGUCUGGCGGUUGGCUUCUCAAACUUCAAGGCGUUCUACUAUGUUGACUACUUCUUCACUCUCAUGGAGUUUCAGAAGUAAACAGGCUAUUAAAAGAGUGCACAUGUUUAUGGAAACUCAGGAGCAAGUUUUGCUCUUUCAAGCCAUUGAUCUCCGUUGAUGAAGGAAACAUCCACGAAUGGAGCAGCUUCAUCUUGGGUCACAAACCAUCUCAUGCUACAUCUACCUCGAACCGAAAACCCUAAACCAGAGACUG